AUGGAUGCAGUUGAAGAUCUGAAAUUGCCGCAUUCGAUUGUUGCUCGUUUAAUCAAAGAUGCAUUGCCGCCGGGCGUUAUCGUUGCUAAGGAAGCCAGAAUCGCUAUAGCUCGUGCAGCCGCAGUUUUUAUUUUGCAUGCUUCAAUGUAUGCUCAAGAAUCCGCUGCAACUAAUAAUCGUAAAACAAUUACAGCAAUGGAUGUACUUCACGCAGUGCGUGCCUUAGAAUGCGAGGAAAUUGAACAACCAAUCAGAGAAGCUGUCGAAUUAUGGAAAAAUAGUCGGCAACAAAAGUUAGAAAAAAAAAGAGCAGAACGGGCAAAUAAGGCAAAUGAAAUGUUGCAUAAUUCUAUUAAUUCUGCUAUGAAAGAAACUGAGCAGUCCACAUCACAAAGAGAUGUGGCUGGAAGUGAUAAUGUGGAACUAGCAACCACUAUGCUGGAUGGUCCUGCAAGUUCGUCUAAAGAUCAUUUAAAUGAAGAUGCCGAUCAACUAUCGUCGGAAAGCUCUCAAAUGUGA